AUGCCGAAGGUGAUUUCGCGAGAUACGCCGUUGGAGAAGCUGCCGCGCAGGAAGACGGACAAUGCGCACAUCAUCCAGGCGGGCAAGCGCGAGUACCGCUUCAAGACCAAGCCGCUCGAGCCCGUCACCUUCAAGCGGGACAAGGGCUACGAGAAGCAGUUCAGGGCCGGGUGCGAGGAGUGCGGCCUGCCCGUGUGCUACACCCCCAAGGAGAAGAGCAGCCCCAUCACCUACGUCCUCGCCGGCGCUCUUCGCCUCCAGCAAUACGGCCUGACCACCGAUCCGUUGCCGCUCGAGGAGAUAAAGGAGCUGCCGGGCGUGGAGUACGACGAGUACGUGGCCGAGCAGCGCAAGGAAAAGCUGCGCGAGGAGGAAGAGGAGGGCGACGCCGCCACCCGCGCCCCGCUCCGGCUCAGCGACCUCCCGCGCCAGGAGCAGGAGCGCCAGAUCCGCGAAAAGCUCAAGGCCCUCGAACGCGGCGACGACACGCGUCUCAGCUCGCUGGCGUCGUCUUCGUCAUCGACAGCUCCGUCGCAACCGGCCGCUGCGCCGAGCGAGGAGCGGGACAGGGAGAGGAAAAGGAGCCGAGAGAGGGAGAGCACCGGAGACAGGGAGGAGGCCGAGGGCAAGGAGAGGCAGACCAGGCGGAGCAGGAGUCCCGAGGAGAAGCGACGCCGGAGGAGCCGCAGCAACAGCAGGGAGAGGGACUACCACGACAGCGGCAGGCACUGA